AUGGCGUCGCCCCCUUCUCCCUAUCUCUUGCCUUCGCUCAUCCUCACUCGCACUUUCCUCCUCGUCUUGCUACUAACCCAGACCAUCUCCUCCGCCCAGAGCUACUCCAACAUCACGCAGGGCACCACCCUCACGGCUGGCUCAUCGACCGGCUCCUGGCUCUCUCCAUCCGGCGACUUCGCCUUCGGAUUCUACCCCACCGACGCCCAAGCCUCCCUCUUCCUCGUCGCCAUCUGGUUCGAGUCCACCUCCCCCAAAGCCGUCGUCUGGUCCGCCAACCGCGACGCUCCUGUCCGAUCAGGCUCCACCCUGCAGCUGACCAGCGACGGCCGCCUCUCCCUAAAGGACGACGGCGGAAACGAAGUGUGGAGCGCGGGCCCUGCCAACUCCUCCACCGCCGCCGUCCUCGACUCCGGCAACGUCGUCCUCACUGCUUCCGGCGGCAUCUCGUGGCAGAGCUUCGAUCUUCCUACGGACACGCUCCUGCCGGGUCAAGUCUUGGGACUGGGCUCCGACCUUCGUUCCCAGCUCACCGACUCCGACUUCUCAGAUGGCCGAUUCGAGCUCGCGGCGCAAACGAGCGGCGAACUCCAGCUCCUACCGCUGGCCAUCCCCUCUGGAAACCAAUACGAUCCAUACUGGUCCAUCGACACGACCGAUUCCGGCUUUCAGCUCGUCUACAACGAAUCCGGCAGCAUAUACUUCGCUCUCACGAAUGGUACUCUGCUCAACGUAACUAUGGCUUCUGUCUAUUCCACCGAAGACUUCUUCCAACGCACGAGGCUGGAUCCCGACGGCGUCUUCCGCCAGUACAUCUACCCCAAGAGCGGCAGGGCGACCGGAUCCUGGAGUAGGAAAUGGAAUGCGGUGGCCAAAGUGCCGGCGGACAUCUGCAAAGAUCUUCAAUCCGACGGCGCUGGUAGCGGCACCUGUGGCUUUAACAGCUACUGCAUAUCCGGCGGAGAUCAGAGCGAGGUAAACUGCUUGUGCCCACCAGGGUACUCCUUCAUCGACCCGGAGCGGAAGUACAAAGGUUGCGACCAGGACUUCCCACCCAGCUGCAAACAAUACGAUCCUGCUCAGUUCAACCUGAUCCCCAUAAACAACGCCAACUGGCCCUUCUCGGAUUACGAGCACUACACGAACGUGAACGAAGACCAGUGCAGACAGUACUGUUUGGAGGAUUGCCUCUGCGCGGUUGCCAUCUUCUGGGACGGAAAGGAAUGCUGGAAGAAGAAGCUGCCGCUGUCGAAUGGAAAGCUGGGUAGCUAUAUCGACGGGACGGUACUGAUAAAAGUGUCGAAAACUAAUUAUACUUCCCUGUUGCCGCCAUCGGGUCCAGUUAUAUCUGUGGUGAAGAAGGAAGUGAAGAAGGAAAGGAAGACUUUGAUUCAGAUUGGAGCAGUGCUUCUGGGGUGCUCUGGAUUUUUUAAUGUGAUCUUCAUCGCGUUGAUCAUUGCAAAGAUCUUUGGCUCCCCCAGGGGGAGGAGUGAUAGAAGAUAA